AUGAAGUUCGGUGAGCACUUGCAGCGGUCCCUGAUACGUCAGUACAGUUACUAUUACAUUGCCUAUGAUGAUCUUAAGAAUGAUCUGGAGACUCAAUUGAGGAAGAACAAUGGUGAGUGGUCCCAGGAGCUGGAGACUGAGUUUUUGGAGUCACUGGAGACUGAGCUGGAUAAAGUGUACAGCUUCUGUCGAGUGAAGCAAUCUGAGCUGAGUAGGCGUGUCAAAGAAGUACAGGAGCAGGUAUCAAAGACGGUGAGGCUGAUUGACUCGAACAAUCCACCAUCUGAGUUGGAUUUUGAGAUCCUUGAAGAAGAGCUGAGCGAUGUUAUUGCUGAUGUGCAUGACUUGGCGAAGUUCUCCCGGUUGAAUUAUACAGGAUUCCAAAAGAUCAUAAAAAAGCAUGAUAAGAAGACAGGUUUUAUCUUGAAACCUAUCUUUCAAGUUAGGCUUGAUGCUAAACCUUUCUUUAAGGAAAACUACGAUGAACUAGUUGUCAAGAUUUCACAGAUGUACGAUUUUGUUAGGACCUCUGGUAAGCCAAUUAAGGGUGAUUCGGCUGCUGGUGGGAAACAACAAAACUUUGUGAGACAGACCACCAAGUAUUGGGUUCACCCAGAUAAUAUCACUGAAUUGAAGUUGAUUAUCCUGAAGCACUUGCCAGUUCUAGUCUUCAACACUAAUAAAGAAUUUGAGAAGGAGGAUUCUGCAAUUACGUCUAUUUACUACGAUAACGAGGAUUUAGAUCUUUACUAUGGUAGAUUGAGAAAAGAUGAAGGUGCAGAGGCACAUCGGUUGAGAUGGUACGGUGGUAUGUCCUCUGAUACUAUAUUUGUUGAGAGAAAGACACAUAGAGAGGACUGGACUGGUGAAAAGUCUGUCAAAGCAAGAUUUGCAUUGAAGGAGAAGUAUGUAAAUGAUUUUAUGAAGGGUAAAUACACAGUCGAACAGGCCUUUGCAAAGAUGAGAAAAGAGGGUAAGAAGUCUCUAAAAGAAAUUGAAAGUUUGGAGGCUUUAGCUACUGAGGUUCAGUACGUGAUGUUAAAGAAGAAGUUGAGACCAGUAGUGAGGUCUUUUUAUAAUAGAACUGCUUUUCAAUUGCCAGGUGAUGCUAGAGUUCGUAUUUCUUUGGAUACAGAAUUGACCAUGGUUAGAGAAGACAACUUUGACGGGAUUGAUAGGACUAAGGGUAACUGGAGAAGAACUGAUAUUGGUGUAGAUUGGUCAUUUAAGCAAGUGGCAGAUAAGGAUAUAUGCAGAUUCCCUUAUGCAGUUUUAGAAGUUAAACUUCAGACCCAGUUUGGGCAAGAACCCCCUGAGUGGGUCCGAGAACUUGUACGUUCGCAUUUAGUUGAGCCUGUACCUAAAUUCUCUAAAUUUAUUCAUGGUGUUGCCACAUUAUUGAAUGACAAAGUUGAAUCGAUACCAUUCUGGUUACCUCAAAUGGACGUAGACAUUAGAAAGCCUGCAUUACCUUCUCAUAUAAAUAUUACAAGACCUGGUCAAGAAAAUGAGGAUGAUGAUGACUAUGAUGAAGAUGAUGAGGACGAUGCCGCACUAGUGGCGGCGAUGACCGAAAAUGAUAGAAAUGCGAUGGACACAGAAGAAAUGGUUGGUUAUGGAGCAGUGCCUUCAGAAACAGAAGGUCACGAAAAUCAUUCGCCUAAUCGUGCAUAUUACCAGAGACAGAUUAGAAACUCAAGUAAUUCGAUUUCGAGGAAAUACUAUCAAAUUCUAUCUACAAUUGACCAUUACUUAAAUGGUGAUCAGAUUUCUAAAAUACCCAAGGGCACAGUCUUCGAUACCCAGAUAAAGGCACCACCUGGUAAAACCAUUUGUGUCCCUGUUCGUGUUGAACCUAAAGUCUAUUUUGCUACAGAAAGAACAUUCUUGUCAUGGAUGUCUAUAGCCAUCAUCCUAUCAGGUGUCUCCACAUCUUUAUUGAACUACGGUACAAAAACAACUAUGGUUGCCUCAAUUGGUUUCUUCUUAACUGCUUUAAUCACACUAGUUUACACAUACAUCAUUUACAACAUGAGGGUAAUAUAUAUCAGAGAGAAAUGGGCUGUUGAUUACGAGGAUAAGAUUGGACCACCAUUAAUUUGCGGUUGCUUGAUUCUUUCAAUGAUUUUCUCGUUUUAUUGUAAUAUGAUUUAA